ACGACCGAGAGAUUGAGCUGCGCGCCCCCACUGGGAAGGACGAAAAGACGCUAGUGUGGAGUUUUGGGUCCUGAAAGACAGUACAUCCCACGAUAUUGACAUCUGUAAUGGGUUUUACGUGGUCCCGUUCGUAAGUUGGGCGUUGCGAGCCUUUUCUGAGGAACUGGCGAAGGUGGGAGGCGUUAAUUAGAGUGUUGAAGGUCGCGGUUGGCCACAUACGCCCGAGCACCUGUUUCAGUCGGCGAGAGCAAGAACAAGAGUUGAAAAAAGGUGUACUGAGUAUAGUGGUGACGUCGGGACUCCCUCCCAAUGAGGCUAGAUGCUUGAGCUGGGGCGCUAUCCUGCCUGUGUGCUUCCCUGUCACACGACGCUCACGGAGGACCCGGUACACAGAAGUAUGAGCGACAGAAAGCACUCGGGAAGGUGAGGAUGCCUGUGGGCGCCGGUACUAGUAAUAUAAGAGUGAAGGAACAGACAGAUGGGUUGUAGUAGAGAACGGCUCUGCCCGUGAUACGUACAGGUUCGCCCCUUUUCUCUCCCGCGUGUGUGUGCGCGUGGUGUAAUGUAGUUGUGUUUUAGCUGGGCGUAUGGGUUAGCUUUCUUCUCCGCCUAUGUCUCCCUACAGCUCCCGGGAUGUAGCCAAGACUGAUCGUCGCGAACGAAGCAAGCCCAUGAGAGACCACAGGCACGCCAGGAGUUCGGCGGAAGACCCCACCAUAUCCUCGACGCGGAGCGGCAAGUCGGUGUCUACCAACGCCCGCAACCACCCGCGGGCAGAACUGAGAGACUCCGACGCUCCGCGCCAGAUAGAGGCGGGCUCUGGUGGGCGGCAGAGCCAAGGCUCUCCAGCAGUCAACCAUGUCUCUUCCAGCAAGUCCAAUGGAGGGAGAAAAAGAGUUUGCGAGGAGGAGGAUGAAGAGGGUAGUGUGUGGGUGGAGCACACCAGUUCCUCGGGCAGGAUCUACUACUACAACAAGAAGAAUGGAGUUUCUCAAUGGGAGAGACCUCCCAGCAUGGCCAAAAGGACAAAGACUGACGAUAUCCCUACAAAGUCAACGUCGUCCUCGUCCAGUGGCGGCAACAAACACUCCUCCCAGUCCCACAGCAGUCCCUCCCACUCUCACUCAUCUCACUCCCAGCACACCUCCUCCUCGCACUCACACUCACGUGGAAGUGGUAGCCAUCGAGGCUACUCUUCUUCCUCCACCCAUCACUCCUCACAUCACACGAGUCACUCCUCACAGGGUCACCACGAUCGAAUGAGGGAGAGAGACAGGGGCCAUGGCAGCCAUCGUCGGUCCAACAGAGGGUCUCGCAGCAGCAGCAAGUCCGCCUCCGUCUCUCCCACCAGCUCCGGAAGGGGGCGUGGGCCCCACGACAAGGCCACGCCCAAUCGUCACCCGUCGUCCCGGCCGCACCACGGAGGAAGAGGGGGGUCAAAGCGAGGCUCGGUGUCGCCCCGUGUGUCAGCCGCUGGCAAACAACAGUCUUCUGUGUCGACAGUGGCAGUGUCUCCCUGCACUCCUAGUAUACCUCACGGAAUAUCUCAAUCUCUGGUGGCCACGCAGCAGGUGAUAAAUCAGACGUCGGCCAUCAUCAAACACCAACAGAAGCUCCUGUCUGCCUCUGGCGAUCCGGCGACCCCCAACACCCUCUCCCCUCCUCCCUCCUCCUCCUCCUCCUCCAAGCACACCUCCUCCCUCUCACACCCGCACGCCCGGCAGAAACUCGUGUUUCAAUCAAACGGACCCCUGUCUCAGGAGGUGAUGUCCGGAGCAGGGGGAGUGGCUGUCAGCACGCCGUCCACCACUCCACUCCACAACUCUGUGGGCCCUGGGACUGCUGUGGACAUGUCUCCCCAGAUGACUGGACUGGAAAAUCUUCAUCCUCUACAAAGAGCCUUACUUUUACAACAGCAGCAGCAACAACAUCAUCAACAACAGGAGCGUAUGCCGGAGGGUCCAGUGAGGCAGUCUACUCCAGGUACCCCACUUCCCUCCAGUGGGGGAGGAGGCGGGGCCACCCCACUCUCCCAGCCGGUGCAGACUCCGCCCUUCUCUGCCCUCCCGCCCCACCUGACCUCGCAGGUGUCCCACCCGGGGUCUCCUUACUCCAAUUCCCCCAGCCACACCCCCUCGUUUACCACCCCACCACCCGGAGUACACCUCGUAUCUCACCCCAUGGUGCCAGGCCCCUUUACCCCAGCGGGUCUUCCCCCUAGCAACUCCCAGCCGCCAGUAUACCAGUACUCUGUUCCCAUGGUGAUGCCCCCCAACACUCCCAUUCCUGGCAUUUACAUGGCAGAGGGUGGGAUGGUCCAGACGGCGGCCGCAGCAGUGGGCGUGGCAGGAGGGGGCAGGGCUUACAUGACCCCUGCUACGCCCGUUGUGCCCCUGCGACCCCCGAUGUCCCGACUGGGUCGUCGCCGCAGCAGCGGAGUGGAUGAGUUUGCCUCGUACCCUGACCACAGUCAGGUGGAGUCAGUGGCCUCUAAGACGGUCCCGGAGAUCUUCAGUCGCACUCUGGCGGAAUCCUGGUGGUCCCCUGCCAUCGAAACUCUGCAGAGACAGUUGGAUACCAGUCUGAGAGAAGUGUUGUCUCGGAGGACGACAGAAGCUCUCUAUCUCCACGGGAGACUGCGCCGUUCUCAACUAUCUCUCGACUCCACUCGCCUUAGAACAAACACCAGGAGAGAAAGGCUUCUCGCUCUUGAAUGUUUAGUCACAGAGAUUGACCAAAGAUGAAUAACCCAGUCUGCCGGAUAUUAUAACACGUCUGUCGAAGAAGAUUUGGCAUCUUAACUCUUUGGCAUAAGCUACGCUGCUCCUCUUUCUGUCCCCCGUGCUAACGAGUAUAGCCCCUAAUUUCUGUUUUAAUCUCUAAUUUUAUCAUUUUGAUGUGCACUUACUUUCGUAUGUAGCAUUCUAUAAAUGAGUAAUGGAGUAUGCUAAGUUAAAUCAGCACUGCAGAAGUUGAAGCAUGCAAAAAUGUUAUUCGCUGUGCGGAAUAUCACAUCCAUAAACCAGAGGCGAAUGCAGGGCGUUUUUGGAGAGCAGGAGCGAGCAUACAACUGUGUAUCUGCACGUAACGGCCUAGCAAUAAAACCUGCACCUUGGAACCGCGA